CAUUUUAAUCGUCCAUUUUGGCCAAAAUCGUCGAAGAGACCGGAACAUAAACUUUUUCCUUUAAAGAACUUAGAAAGCAACAUGCCGGGGGUUACAGUAAAGGAUAUUGAUCAGCACGUGCUAACCAAGACUAUGGCAGCUUUUCUACAAAAAUCCGGAAAAGUUGCCGUGCCAGAAGUGGCUGUGUACGUAAAGACUGCCAAGUUCAAGGAGACUGCUCCCACCGACGACGAUUGGUUCUUCAUUCGUUGUGCCUCCAUCAUGAGGCACCUGUACCUGCGCAGUCCCUCCGGGGUGGCGGCCUUCACCAAGAUCUACGGCGGACGCAUGCGCAACGGAGUUCAUCCGUCGAAGUACUGUCGCUCAUCGGAGGGCUGCAUUCGCAAGGCUCUUCAAGCUUUGGAAGCUGCUCACAUGGUGGAGAAGCAUCCGGAGGGGGGUCGUAAGCUGACUUCCCUGGGACAACGUGACUUGGAUCGCAUUGCCAACAAGAUUGUGGCCAAGCAGCGACAGGCUACUGCACCAGUUUCCAUGAUUAUCACUACCUAAGAUGCCAAUACUCAACAUGUAACCACGAGAGAGCAUAUUUAAGUGCCUUGGACUUGUCGAUGACAUAUUUCUGAAACAUUCUCAAUAAAGCGACACGCUAACACUAAUAAUAAUGAUAAAUAAUAAUAUACGUAAUAAAAUAACAUUGUACUUGAAAUAUAA